UAGCCUCAGUUAAUUUUUUUAUGUAAACAUUCAGCAAUUGGCAAAAAUGUUGAGAAUUAUUCGAAUUCCAACUAUUUCGCGUUAUUAUUCAAUUAAACAUGCAGCCAAGGAACCAAUCAAAUACACAACAACAAUUAAUUUGCCAAAGACUAAAUUUCCAGCACGUCUAUCCGCAGCAAAACGUCAGGAACUUGAAAACAAAUUAAUAUCUACAACGUUCGCUCAAACGUAUCAAUAUCAAAAUGACAAUCUUAAGGAACCGUCGUAUAUUUUACAUGACGGUCCACCGUAUGCAAAUGGAGACUUACACAUGGGCCAUGCAGUUAAUAAGAUUCUUAAAGAUAUUACAAUAAGGCAUCAUGUGGUAAAGGGGCAAAAGAUUCACUAUGUUCCUGGCUGGGAUUGUCAUGGCCUGCCAAUAGAGCUUAAGGCUUUGGCUUCUACUGACACCAGUGAGAAGACACCAAAUAAUAUACGUUCGAAAUCACGGCAAUUUGCUUUGGAUGCAAUUGACCGACAAAGGGCGGAAUUUCGGUCCUGGGGCAUUUUGUCCGAUUGGCACAAUAAUGAGCGACUUUAUUUUACAUUUAAUCCUGAUUUUAUAUGCAAUCAAUUGCGGUUAUUUUUGGAUUUUUACAAAAAGGGAUUAGUUUAUCGCGACCUAAAACCAGUAUACUGGUCGCCAUCAUCAAGAACGGCAUUAGCGGAAGCUGAACUCGAAUAUGAUGCAAAUUUCGUGAGUCCCUCGGUUUAUGUUCGCUUUGCUUUAAAAUCUUUGCCACCAUCUAUUGAACUUGAAGCACAACAAAAGCUAUUUGCAUUAAUAUGGACAACAACACCCUGGACAUUGCCAAGUAAUCAGGCAAUUUGCUUUAAUCCAAAUUUGGAAUAUUCCAUAGUUGAGUUAAAAGAUGACUCAAAAAACUUAUUGACAAAGGAACUUUAUUUAAUUGCGUCUAGUUUAAUAGACGAUUUUGUAAGAAAUACUAAAAUUGAGUGUACAGUGAAACAAACUGUAGCAGGAACUGACUUGAUUCACUGUACUUAUCAGCAUCCUAUUUACGGAAAGGAAAAUGCAUUGCCAUUCCUUGACGCUUCUCAUGUACAAGACACCAAGGGAACCGGUUUAGUUCAUACAGCUCCUGCCCAUGGUCCCGAUGAUUUUCUUAUAUGCUUGUCCAAAAAUAUUCCAGUGAAAUCUUUAGUGAACGAAGAAGGUAUUUACAACUCCGAUGCGCCUAGUUAUUUAAAGGGUAAAAGCGUACUAAAAGAAGGCAAUGAUUUGGUAUUGCAAAACUUAAAAGAUGAUGUAUUGUAUGCGGAUACUUUUACUCAUAGUUAUCCAUUAGAUUGGCGGACCAAAGAACCAGUUAUACUCAGAGCUAGUGAGCAAUGGUUUAUAAAUACAUCGGAGCUUAAGGAACAGGCCGUUAAAGAGAUUGAAAAAAUCGAAAUAUAUCCGCGUGUCAAUGCAGAGGCCAGUAAAAACGCAUUAAGAACUCAAGUUAUGAAACGCCCCUAUUGGUGUAUAUCAAGACAAAGAUCCUGGGGUGUGCCUAUACCUGUAUUUUACGACAAUAAUACAAGAAAAGUUCUAUGUAAUGAACAAAUUUUGAAGCAUAUUUGCAAUAUGGUUACUAAGGAAGGUAAUAUAGAUUUUUGGUGGUCAAAGUCAAUAGAAGAACUUUUACCUGCAACUCUAUUAAAAGAUUUAAAUGUAAACAUUAGUGAUGUUGAAAAAGGUAUGGAUAUCUUUGAUAUUUGGUUUGAUUCCGGCAGCACGUGGUCGCACGUCUUAAAAGAUCAACAAAUAGCCGAUCUGUAUUUAGAAGGAUAUGAUCAAUUUACUGGUUGGUUUCAAUCUUCCUUACUAACUAGUGUUGGUGCUAGAAACAGUGCUCCCUAUAAGGCUCUGUUUGUCCAUGGCUUUACAGUAGAUGAAAAGGGUCAUAAAAUGUCAAAAUCUCUGGGCAAUGUUAUAUCGCCUACAGAUAUUAGGAAAACCUAUGGCGUCGAUGUUUUAAGAUGGUGGGUGGCUUCCCAUGGCACCCAACACAUGGCCAUUACAGUAAGUGAUAAACUGUUGCAACAAUCUGCAGAAAACCUUAGUAAAAUUCGUUCUACUUUACGCUAUUUAAAUGGGGUAAUCGGAGAACGUUCCAAUAUUACGAAUUGCCUAGCAAUUGAUAAACAAAUCUAUUUAAAUCGUUACUUAUUAAAUAAACUAUUUGAUUUCGAACAAGAGAUUUUCAGUUUAUACGAUUGCUAUGAAUACAAUCGCGUAGUGGCAAAUGUACAAAAUUUCGUUACCAAUCAAAUAUCUGCCAUAUAUGUUCAUUUAAUCAAGGAUCGUUUGUACUGUGGCCCACCAGCAGAAAUUGAAGGCAUUCGUACCACGUUGGAGAAAUGCUACACAGUGUUGAGCAAAGCCUUGUGGCCCAUAGCACCAUUCUUAGUGGAAGAAAGUUGGAGUUAUUAUGAUGCCUCAUCGCCUUUCCAUCAACAUAAAAUUGUGUCUGACAGUAGUUGGAAAAAUGCCUUAGUAGAAGAAGUUGUUGAUACUGCCCUAAAUGUAAAACGUUUAAUAAAUCAAAAGGCUACGGAAAAGAAUUCCUGGCUUUUGAACGUUUCAAUCAAAUGUAAUGAGAAAGACAUUGAGUUGUUGAAGCAUUUGCAACCCAGACUUGAGCAACCUUCUACUGACUCUGAAUUAUGUGAAAUAUUACAAGUGGGUUCAGUGACACUACAUCAUUGUGGGGACAUUUCGUCAGACUUUGUUAUAGAAAUUGAUAAAAUUGAAGCUUCGUUAUGCCCUCGCUGUCGACGUCAUGCCGUUUUACAUGAAAACGCAAUUUGUCAUCGUUGCAAUAAAGUUUUAGAGUUACAAAAAUAAAUUAUUGAUUAUUUAUUAGAAAAAAUUUAAAA